AUGCCGGACGAUGAUCGAAGAGAAACUUUUAAAAGGAAUGACGAACCGAGUAGUUCAAAUCACGAAAGAAGCAGCUCCUGCGAAAUUCCUACAAGCUCGGUCUCUCUGACAAAGCGUACUGGCAAAAUGUCUGGAUAUAUGUUGUGGCUCAAGCGAGAAGGAUACGCAAAAUUUCGAAGUCGUUUCGGCUGCCAAUACAAUGUCAAAAAUGUCGAUCACGUAGAAAUAAUGAAUGGCCUAUAUUCAAUGGUUGACGCUGAAGAGAAAAAUCAUUAUAAGGAGAUGGCGAAUCAGGCAAAUUCAAAUAAAGAAACUGUAAAGAGAAACAGAGAAACUCAGGAACGACGUCGACGUCGACAAAUGUUCGAAAAUUGUCACGCGGUUUUGCGCGAGAAGGAAAUAAGGGAUGAGCGUUUGGCGAAACUUAAAAUACGCGAAGCCCAAUCGAUCGAUGUCGCUGGAAUUCCAUUGCAACAAACGACGCAUAAGAAAUUGCCAAUUUUCGUUGAAGACAUUUUAAUGAUGCGCGCGAAUCAUCGAAAAGAGCUCGGCAAUAUUUCAGCCGAGCGUUUUCAAACUGAACUGGAAGAUUGGUUGGUACCAAUUAGCAACAAAAUUCAACUAAUUUCCGUGUUUCCAAUAAGCUUCAUCUGCAAUAUCAAGAAUGAGUCGGUUCACACAUAUCCGGUCGAAAUAUCAAUUGCGACGCUCGAUUUCCAGUCAGGUCUUACCGACACCAAAACAAUCCAAGUUCUGUUCGACCACAAAGCCUACUACGGCGAAAACGCGGGACCAUCGAAUCCAAAUUUCCUCGCAGAUCAAGCUACUAUUGAAGCAUACAGCAGCUGCCUUGGCAUCCCACAAAGUGGUCCCGAAGAUGGUUUGACGCCUACAGAUGCCAAUGCAUGGGUGUUUCGUCAUAUUGAUAUGGACGCUAUUCUUUUAUGCGAUACGAAGCAAUACGUUUGGGUGACUCGAGGUCUUGAAACUCUCGCAAUCAUGUCCGGAAGAAAGGCAGUUUUGGACUAUAAAAAAUAUAUUGGAUAUUUGAAAACCGUUCAAGAUUUCGCCGCCAUUGUUUUGUCGAAAUCGCCAACGAACAUUCCCAACUCGAAGAAAUGGGGUCUCGACGAGAUUGAGAACGAAUUUCUCAACAAUUAUUUGCGCGUUGGAAACCAUCGACUUUGCGAUUUUCACGCAACACUUUCUGAAGAUUCUAUUGUAUCCAAAUAUCAAUGUUGUGCCGCUCAUAACACACGCCUAGCACAUGUUCUAUUCGACAUUUUUUCAAAAAACCAGCUUCAACAUUUCAAACCUAUCGGAGACACGUUCGAAUUGUGCCAACUGGAGCGCGGAGAAAUCGCGCCACUGCCAAUGGAGCCAAAUAUUUCGAAGCAAACCAAAAAUAUUCUACUACGCGAACAAGAGGAAAUUGAUCGUUUGCAAGCUGAAGUGGAAGAAUUCGUAUUGCCUAAACCUGUAAUUUCAUUGUGCACCGAGAUGACGUCGAAAUGCACAACUUCAGACGAAUCCGAUUCUGAUGAUGAUUCUAAUGGAAAGGGCUUGCUAUAUUCGUCUGAGGCGGCGGCAAGCGCAUUUUAUGGCUCACCGCAAGUCCCAUUUAUAAGGCAAUCGCACCGUCCUCGAGUUCUUUGCUCUCAACAAACUGAUCAAGCCUAUAUUUCGAAAUUAAACGCGAUUCAACCACCUACUCCAACCGAACGUGAUCAACCCGGACCAUCGACUCCCCGACGACUCCCCCCACCCGAAUCGCAUGUACUAUCAAAACGAAACGAAGAGAAUAUUCUAAAAGAAUUCGUCCUUCCUGUGAAUGAGAAUCGCCGUGUUCCCAUAAUUAAAGAGGUAUUGGAUGCCGAAGCUACUAAGAAAUACUUGCAACGCCAUCGACGACGAAUUUUUGACGAUGCAUUCAUGAACGGCACUCAUGCGGCGUUCAUCGAGAAAAAAAUCGUUGACAGCGAUUAA